AGCGGCCUCCUCCAUCUUCUUCUUCUUCUUUUCUUCUUCUGAUGCGGAUCACGUGGACGGACGGGGGCCCUCGAGGGUCACGCGCGCGCCACUCGCCGAGCGCACGUUCACCAAAUUGAGCCUAAUUAGCGGGUUCACGCCGCAGACUUGAUAAAGAUGAGCCCCCGUGCGCCGCCGCAGCAGCUCGUCGUCACUGUGACACUGCUCCCCGGCUGCUAGUCCACGAACAUGGCGUUUUCCCUGAGACACGACCCCCGCAGGCCCGAGAGCCCGGACAGCGAGUCCCCGGCCCUGUCCACCUGCAGCAACGCGGACAUCUUCCGCAGGAUGAACACGAUGCUGGGCAACGCGCUGGAUUUCACCGGUGUGUGCACCACGCCCGGCAGCGGCAAGGGGAAGCCCAACCUGCUGUGUGAGUCGGAGCUGGCUGCAGUGGGCAGCAGGAGGAUGCUCUUCCCCAACUGUGGUGUCAUGCCCGGUUCCCAGGAGAUUCCCUCAUCCAGGGGCUCGCCGGGUGUCACAGACCUGGGCCUGGGCCUCCAGUCUCUCCGUCUGUCCGGCUGGGACAGACCCUGGAGCAGCCAGGAGACGGACGCACACGCCUCCCCCUCCCAUGCUCAGACUAGCUCACCCUCCAUGCUGGGUAUCCUGAACAGUCCCUUCAGUAGCAUCCUCGGCAAGCCCCCGGGCUACUUGCCCCCCGAGUCCAUGAGCAUGACUGCUGACUUCCUGGAGAAGUUCCCCAGCAUGGCUCGCAUGGCGAACCGACUGGACUCCAGCUCCUUCCUGGACUCGCGCUCCAGCAGUCCCGAAGACUCCGAGACCAGUGGCUUCAGCUCUGGCUCCGACCACCUGUGUGACAUGCUGUCGACCCUGCGCAUUUCCCCUCCCCUGCCUUACCUUGCUUCGAGCAUGCAGAAGGACCUGAUGCGACUGGGCUCUCGCCUGGACCCCCAGGACUCCAGCUCUCCCCUGACCCCGCCAUCCAGUGACAGUCCCUCCUCGGCCGUUUCUCGCCGCUGGCGCACCGGCUCCCCGUGGCCCGGCGCCGACAUGCUCGACCAGUCGGAUGACACGUUCAGCAUCGAGAGGGAGGCCCGCUUGCACAGGCAAGCUGCAGCUGUGAACGAGGCCACGUUCACCUGGAGCGGUCAGCUGCCUCCCAGGAACAACAAGGAUCCUCUGUAUUCCUGCAAGGUCUUCCUCGGUGGCGUGCCCUGGGACAUCACAGAGGCUGGUCUGAUCAACACCUUCAGUGGUUAUGGUCCUCUGACUGUGGAGUGGCCGGGUAAGGAUGGAAAGCACCCUCGCUGUCCUCCCAAAGGUAAUGUGGCCAAAGGCUAUGUUUACCUGGUUUUUGAGAACGAGAAGUCAGUCCGGGCGCUGCUCCACGCUUGCUCCCAGGACCCGUUCCACCCAGAGGACAACCGAGAGUACUACUUCAAGAUGUCCAGCCGCAGGAUGCGAUGCAAGGAUGUGCAGGUCAUCCCCUGGGUGAUCUCCGACAGCAACUACGUGCGCUGCCCUGCCCAGCGUCUGGACCCCAGCAAGACGGUGUUUGUCGGCGCACUGCACGGCAUGUUGAAUGCCGAGGCGCUGGCCAGCAUCAUGAACGACCUGUUUGGAGGAGUCAUGUACGCCGGCAUCGACACGGACAAGCACAAGUACCCCAUAGGCUCUGGACGUGUCACUUUUAACAACCAGCGCAGUUACCUGAAGGCUGUGUGCGCCGCGUUUGUGGAGAUUAAAACACCCAAGUUUACAAAGAAGGUCCAGAUCGACCCGUACCUGGAAGACUCCAUGUGUCAAGUUUGCCUUCGCCAACCCGGGCCUUUCUUCUGCAGAGACCAGGCCUGCUUCAAGUACUACUGCCGCUCCUGCUGGCACUGGCAGCACUCCAUGGACAUCCUGAGCAACCACCGGCCCCUCAUGCGCAACCAGAAGAACCGAGACUCCAGCUAGAGCGGCUGGAUCCGAACCACUCUGAAGGGCCAGAGGACCGAGCCCCCUCUCGACGGGGGCGGGGCUGCCCGCCAAGGAGAGCACGGGUGCCGGACGUCCCUCGGCACGAGGGCACCAUGGCGCUCCACCAGGCACUGGGGAUAUCACUGUAGAGAAUGUUCACUUUUGCACUUGCUACAUUUUUGCUGUUGUUCACAGUGGCACUAUGCACAGUGACCGUAUCGGGGGAGACGAGGGGCCCUUCACUCUUAUGCAUUUUCCCCGACUUGUGGCCAGACCGAAAGAUGGGGAGUCAGCCUGAGGCUAAGAAGUGGACGAAAAAUGCCAUUUCGUUUUUUCUUUUUUCCCCUUUUUUCUUUUUUUCGUUUACAUGUGUUGCAUAGUGGAGAGCAAUCACGCAAAGUCUCAUUGCCGUUCAUUGGCAAAUGCCAUACAGUGCCUUUAAAUUUUUUAUUUUUGUCCCCCCAUCCCCCUACCCCCAGUUGGCAUCUGUUUUUUCCUGUGCAAGCCAACUGGUGUUUCUUACUUUUGGGAGUUGAACGUUGGGCUUCAUUUAAACCAGUCGCAUUUCAGACAUUUUUACGCAGUUUUUUACUAAUUUGUACACAAACGGUUUUAAGUCAUGACAUGAACAUUUUGAACAGAAUUCUACCAGGCGGCUGUUUAUGGGAAAAUCCCCCGUUUUAUUUUUUCCUUUUUGUUUUUUUCCCCCUCAUACAUUUUCCCUGUGGCUAUUUUCCUUUUUUAAAUUCGCCCUCCCAAAUUUCAACUGAAUGGGCACAAAAUGUUGGAAGUCCUACUUUCACCAGUUGGUCUAGCUUUAUUAAAUGUAUGUAACGAUAGUACCGAUGCGUCUCGACCGGUCGUCCGUCGCUUCUCAAGCAACCGUCGGAUCCCGCCGCGACUCGAGUGAAUGAACAUUUGAUGAUACAUAGUUUUUGAUUUUUUGCACUUUUUAAUUUGCACGUGUGGAGAGGUGGCGGUGGUUUUUAAUCACUUUUUUGUACAUCAGCAGGGGGACGCGCCUUUUAGUUAGAACAGCUGCUUGUUUCCUGUUGAAUGUAACGAACAUCCACUGAGCUGAUAAACUUAUCUAUCGACCUAUCAGAGCUUGAGUAGACCCCGGUAAACGAUUUCAUGCUUUCUUAUCCCAUUUUGCCUUCCUGUUCCAGUUGGACAUUAAUGCGUAAUAAGCUGUGUGCCAAAGACAAAGUGUCUUUUCUUUAUCCAUUAAGUUUGUCAUGCUGAGCUUGUUGUCCCUUAGCCCAGCUGCUUUUUAGAGUUUUGAAAGUCUACCUCAUUGUGGUCUGCCAAGUUUGCUGCUACUGACAGUUGUGGAGUAUGUUCCGAUUGGGCACAAUAAAGGUGUUUAAGCAUUA